AGUAACUCAGAAUCGUGUAGGUUAACGUACUGAGUGUCAAGCACUAACAAAAUGCGAUUGUUGUGCUUAUCAUUAGCGCUUGCUAUAAUCUAUAGUAUGGCAAUCAUGCGCGGUCCUAGAGUAGAAGCGAGAGCAACCACUACUCCUGAUACUUCUUCUUCUUCUUCUUCUUCUUCUUCCGAGAGUUGGGAAGUACCUGCGAAACCAGCCACUCCUCAACAAACCGUCGAAGCAUUUGCUUUAGGCAUACCAACUAUUCUUGGCGGGCUGUAUUGGACAGAACUAGCCUUCCAGACGAUGUACAACAACUCGAUGCACAUAGCAGAUAAAAUCAAGUCUAAUCCAUGGCUGGCAGAAACAGUACAAGAAUACAUAAAUAAGUCACUAACUUGGUAAAUAUGGAAGAACUAUAUCGGAUACAUACAAUGAUAUGUAUAUUUCUAAACAAAACAAAACAUUAAAAUAUAUAUGUAAAUGAUUAUUUCGCUAUUAUAUAAUAGAAAAUAAAUAACAUGUUUAAAUUUA